CUGUUCCCGGAAGUGACCCUACAGGCCCGCCCCUGAGGAAGUGACGGCAGCAGUGCCCUUGACGGGCGGGGAGGGCCCGGGUGCAUCCCUCCGCUCACGGUGCAAGAGAUGGCUCAGCGACUUCUCCUGAGGAGGUUCCUGGCCCCGGUCAUUGCUAGGAAGCCCCCUCAGGGUCGAUGGGCACCCCUCACAUCUGGGGCCCUCCAGACCUCACAGUGCCAUCCUGGUGGCCUGGCUGCCACACCCUGCCCAGCCCAGACUAUACACACCACCCGUGUCUGUACCACCACCUUUAACAUCCAGGAUGGGCCUGACUUUCAGGACCGAGUUGUCAACAGUGACACCCCUGUGGUUGUGGAUUUCCAUGCACGAUGGUGUGGCCCCUGCAAGAUCCUGGGGCCGAGGUUAGAGAAGAUGGUGGCCAAGCAGCACGGCAAGGUUGUAAUGGCCAAGGUGGACAUCGACGACCACACAGAUCUCGCCAUCGAGUAUGAGGUGUCUGCUGUGCCCACCGUGCUGGCCAUCAAGAAUGGGGACGUGGUGGACAAGUUUGUGGGCCUCAAGGAUGAGGACCAGCUGGAAGCCUUCCUGAAGAAGCUGAUUGGCUGACGAGCAGGGACAUGUUCUGAUAGUCCUUGCCCACCUGGGAC